GGACACGAGGCGACUGAAUGCAGAAUUAGAAGCCAAAACUGAAAUACUGGUGCGUCAGGCUGAAGAGCUAAUGAAAGGCCAACAGAAGAUACUAUCUCAGCCAGUUUCAGCACAGAAUAAGUCACCUGAAGAUGACAGACACAGAGAUCCUCACUGUCCUGAAGUUUCAUCUCUUACAAAUUCACUUGCAAAGGUAGAAAACAAGAAGAAAUUUCCUUCUGUGCCCACAGCUCAGAACAGACCAUACUCUGCAAGUAAGGGGAAAAGAACAACUUCAAGUUCAAAAAUAAGAAAUGUGGAAGUACAAAGUGCUGAUGGUGUUGCAGUACUGGAAGAUUGCAUAGGUUUUUCUUUAGCAAAAACAAUUAGCAAAGUUGAAGAAAGACUAAAGAAAGGAGUCUUACCAGACUGUCAAGAUGAUGAUAUUAUUCCAAGGGUUGGAAAUGAGAUGGGAGCAGAAGCUCAAAUCAGAUUUCUUAAGGCAAAGUUACGUGUGAUGCAGGAAGACCUGGCAAAUAUAGUGUUUGAAUGCAGGAAAAAGGAUGAUGAAAAUCAGAAUUUAGGAACUCGGCUCAAAGAUACUGAAGAAGAAAACUCAAGACUGCAACGAACAGUCAGCCUGCAGCAGUCUCAGAUUGAGAAGUACAAAAUGUUGUCACAAGAAGCAAACAAAAAAACUGAAGGGUUACAACAAGAGGUCACUGCACUAGAAAAGGAAUUGGAGAGUGUAAAGCGUGCCCAAAAGCAGGGUGCAGCCACUCAGAGUGCAACUGAGGUGCGUUUAAACAGGGCCUUGGAAGAAGUGGAGAAGUACAAAGUGGAGCUGAAUAAACUGAAGCAAAGCAACAAGGAUGUAGCUAAUCAAGAACUCAAAAUGAUCGAAGAGUUAAAAGCAGAAAACAAGAAACUGCAGAAACAAAAAGGAGAGCUGAUUACAGGUUUUAAAAAGCAGUUAAAGUUAAUUGAUAUUUUGAAGAGACAAAAGAUGCACAUUGAAGCUGCCAAGAUGCUUUCUUUUACCGAAGAGGAAUUCAUGAAAGCUCUUGAGUGGGGAAAUUAUUGAUCCCAUUAAAUAACUUCUGUUUGAAA